AUGAAGUUCCUCACAGCUGCGGCCUUGGGCAUCUUCGGUCUCGCAGGGCUAUCGGGAGCUACUGUUUCGAUUACUCCAGAGAGGGCUGUCAAUGAUAUCAAGGUUGGAGAGCUGCAAAACGUGCUUUGGCACUUGCAAAAGAUUGGUCGCGACAAUGGUGGCAAUCGCGCACACGGUCUACCCGGAUUCAAAGCGUCUCGGGACUUUGUUCUAGAGCGUGUCUCGAAGCGUUUCGGUAAACGGCUGGACACGUAUGUUCAGGAGUUCAACCAUACGUUUAGCCAAGUUCGAAAAAUUGAACUCGAGGGACCAGACGGCGAGCCAGUGGAUGUCUACGCCCUGCAGUAUGUCUCUGCGACACCCCUCCCUGGAGGUGCUACAGGAUCGCUCUUGGACACUCCAGUCGACGACGAACGGGGUUCCAUGUGUUUCCCAGAGCAGUGGAACGGUGUCAAUGCCACUGGCAAGAUUGUUCUACUCAAGCGCGGCACGUGUGCAAUCGCGGAUAAGCUAAAACUGGCCCGACAGCACGGCGCCCUCGCGGCUGUCCUCUACCACAAUGCUCCCGGAACCCCUACGAGCGCCACGCUCGGUGCCAGCAAUCUCGGUCUCCUAGUCCCCGUCGGCCUCGUUUCUCGUGACGUGGGCGAGGCCUGGCGCACUCGACUUGCCGCGGGCGAAGACCUCCGUGUGACACUGAUCAUAGACGCAGUGACCGAGCCGCGCCCGGGCUGGAACAUUAUUUCAGAAACAAAACAGGGCGACCCCGACAAUGUGGUCAUGCUGGGAGCGCAUCUCGACAGUGUCCAGCCCGGUCCCGGCAUCAACGAUGACGGGAGUGGCACAGCCGCGCUGCUUGAGAUUGCGACUUCUUUUCAAAAGUACACGGGUUUCAAGAACAAGAUUCGCUUCGCUUGGUGGGGGGCUGAAGAGCUUGGCCUGAUUGGCUCUCUGUACUAUACGGCGCAACUGUCGGAUGCAGAAAAAGACAAGAUCAAGUUUUACUUCAACUAUGAUAUGAUAGCUAGUCCCGAGCCGAAAUUUGUCGUUUAUGCUGACAACGACGCACACGAGUACGGAGCCGUACCAUUGUAUGACUACCUGAAAGAGGCCGGAGCUACACCCGAAUACGCUAAAUUCGGCUCCUCAUCCGACUAUGUUGGCUUCCUAAAAGCUGGAAUACCUAGCAGCGGCAUCUUUACUGGCGCCGGAGCGCCCUUUGACAAAUGCUACCACCUGCUGUGCGACAAUCUCGACAAUAUCAACUGGGACGCGUACGAAAAGAAUGCAAAGGCUGCCGCACAUGUUGCGGCCGAGUUUGCUCUCAAUCUCGAGGGUGUGCCUGCGCGCAACAAGACGAGCUCGAAUCCUCGGUCGACCCGCGGGGUUCAGGAUAGCUUCCGCGAGUGGGCUGCUGGAAUCCAAGUCGCCGAAACACACGCAAGCUGCGGCGGAGAGCUUACUUCUAUCUAA